AUGUUCUUGCAAGAUAUCUCAUUAGCCUCUCCAGAAAACAGAAUUUCUCUCUCAGAGAAAACAGAAUUGUCUCGUAUUAUCUCUCGGAAGAAUGUUCUUGCAAGAUAUCUCAUUAGCCUCUCAGAGAAAACUGAAUUGUCUGUUAUUAUCUCUCGGAAGAAUGUUCUUGCAAGAUAUCUCAUUAGCCUCUCAGAGAAAACUGAAUUGUCUCAUAUUAUCUCCGGAAGAAGCAAGAUAAAGCCUCUCAGAAAAUUGUCUCUAUUAUCUCUCGGAAGAAUGUUCUUGCAAGAUAUCUCAUUAGCUCUCCAGAGAAAACAGAAUUGUCUCGUAUUAUCUCUCGGAAGAAUGUUCUUGCAAGAUAUCUCAUUAGCCUCUCCAGAGAAAAAAAUCUCUCUCGGAAGAAUGUUCUUGCAAGAAUUGUCUCUGUAUUAUCUCUCGGAAGAAUGUUCUUGCAAGAUAUCUCAUUAG